UCUUUGUUUGUCCCUUGAGCAGAGCGAAAGUGUUGACCGUUUUAUCUUUGACUAUUGAAUUUUUCAACCUACUUUGCCGUCUAGUGCUAGAAGAUACUGAAAAUGGAAUAAGUUUAAGUUACGAUUGAAGAUAAUCUUGGAGCUGGCUUCUAGCCAAAGUGUUUGAAGUGGAAAACUGAAAAAAGUUUGAAACCCAAGAACGGUUUUAAGGAAGGAUUAGUUGGAGGCGACCAGGAAGAAAAGCUGAUGCAAUUCAAUUCAUGUAACUGGCGUUGAAUGUGCAUAAUAUCAUCAUCACCUUGUAAAGUUUACGCUGUAUAUCUAUCUCGAAAUUAAUGUCGUCUUAGCGUUGAUAGCAUAGUGUGCGUGAGAAAAUUAUAAUAACCACAAUACAGUACUCACUUAAUAUCAAAGCGAAAACAACGGUCCUUGAAGAACCCAUCAAUUUCGCGCGUCCCAGUAUAUAUCUAGGGAUUUUGGCGUUCGAAGCAAAGCGAAGAAAAUUUUUGUUUAUGAGAUCCAGUGUGAGACCUUAGAAGAGUACACACACACACACAUAAAGAAGGGGGAAACAAAAAUAGCGACACACGUACACAACAGCGAGCCAUUUCUGCUAAGGAUUUAUGACGCGCUAGUCGCCCCUUGGUUUAUUUGUUUGAAAUCGGAAAAGAGCUUCGGAGUAUGGAACAAUACUGGCCAGGAGUACGAAACAAAAAUCAGUACAGAGUACCCGCAAAAGCUGAGUAAAACAGCGGCAGCAGCAUUGAAACGUAGACGAUGAGCAAUCGAGGGUGAAAUAUUUGACGAAUUGAAACAUCUGUGAUACAUGUGUAGAUAUUAUUUUAAUUUAUUUUAAAAUAUAUACAACGUCCGUAAGUCCAAACGUAGUAAACAAGCAAACAAAAGGCGCCCAUCAAAGAAGAGUUCAAAUUUGAAGCGCAACUUCAUAUACAAAUUACAUUUAAGUUGUAGACGGACACGGUUCGAGCGUUAUUCCAAAGAUAUUUUUCUACUAGUUGUUAUAUUUGAACGUUGCCAUCUUUUCAACGGAUUGAAAAAAUCAUUGCCAUCAUCACCAUCGUAGCCCCAUCGCUGUGACCUGCGUUAACGGUCAAAACUCUCGAAACCCCGGAGGACUACUUUAGCAUAGAAACAACAAAAUAUCGCGCAUCGAAAACAACGGUGGCGCGCACAUACAAACAAACAACAAACCAACAAACAAACGCAGAGAGGAGAUAUCCAUCCACGGACUGUGUGUGUAGUAACAGCUGCUGUAAUACCAUCGUCCACAGAGAGCUGAGCGUUUAUCAGCUGAGAAAUUCUACACACGCAACCAUUCACAAGAGCCAGACAAUACACACACAUUCCAUGGAAAACGGUAGUACUACAUACUGAAACAGAAGUACUAGAGCACGGCGACAGCUACGGCAAUCGUGCAUCUCCACAGAGCUCGUCAUUGUAGAAUCUAAUAUCGAAUCGAAUAGUUCUUUGUUACUGAUAUUGGGGUGAAGCAAAAGUGAGAGCCACAAUCACGGAAGCAUCCGGGUACUAGGCCAGCCCUCAGUAUGUCUGUCCCUGUACGCUGCUAUUCUGUCGAUACUAUGAACAACAACAACAUCGAUCAGCAACAGCACGUCGCCAUCAACGCCCGUAUGGAUGACGACGAAUCGAUGAUGCUGAGCAAGGUUCAGGUAUCCGAGGAGAUGCAACACAAUCAGCGGAUGUUGUUAGAGGGCCGGCUUGGGACACCGGAUGCUGCUGAUGCAGUUCUUAUGGAGUCGCAUGGCGAACAGGCGAGCAACUAUCACCUGCUAGCCGGCGCGACCGCCAGCAAUGGCUGUCAUCUCGCCGGAGGUGGACCACAAGAUUUGGCUGAAGGAGCCAAGUCGCUAUCCCAACAGAAACAACCACUACUAUCGUCGCCACAGCAUCAGCAGCCCCCGCCGCCGAAUAUGUCGUUCGAUCAGAUGCUGGAAAAAGUGAGAGAACUGAUCACCCUGGAGCCCAAGUUCCUGCCGUGUCUCUUCCUGUACCCAGAAACAGACUGUGGCGAAAUCACCAUCGGAACGCGUGAUGGCGCGGCUCACGUGCUUCGCUGUCUCAAGGUCUGGUACGAGCAGCCGAACGAUGUCCUGUUUGCGGCCAUUAACUUGGUCGAUCGCUUCCUGACCAAGAUGAAGGUCCGGCCGAAGCAUAUGGCCUGCAUUUCGGUCAGCUCCUUUUACCUGGCGGUGAAACAGUAUAAUGGGCAGCAGCUCGACGCCGAUCAUUUGGUUGCUAUUUCACAGUGUCGUUGCACCGCACGUGAUCUAGUACGUAUGGCAGACGUCGUUGCCAACAAACUCGGUGUCCAGAUGAAUAGCCCCCCAGUCACCUCUCUCUCCUUCAUCCGGCUGUUCUACUACAUAUUCAAGAGUGCCGCCAAGGGUCUCGGCCUGAGCGAGGUUUUCGAAGCGGCCGUUUCGUUGCCUUAUCUGGAGACGCGGCUCGAAAUUCUGGCCUGCGAUGCUAGCUGUACCAGUAUCCGACCCUCGGAACUCGCGCUAGUUAUGAUUUUCACCCUGAUCGAUAACUACGUCACCGCGAACAACAAGGAGCUGAACGCAGCGUACAGCCCGCAGCAGUUCAACGACCUGGUGGACUAUGCGAUUCAGAUGCAGAAGUUAUGUCAAAUUCCCGACAAUACCUUCUUCUACACUCACAGUAUUGUUAUGAGAAUCCUGUCGCAGUAUAACGGCCAGCACAAGAUGCCGUACAAGCAGCGACUGGUGUGGAAGCUCUCGUCCCGCACGAUGAAGGUGCUGCGUCCCACGGACAAGCUCACCUCAUACCUGCCCACAAUUGAGGAACAUAACGCCAACAACAGUCACAACAAUAAUAGUAAUCUUAGAUUUAGAACUGGAAGCGUAAGCUCGGAAGACGACGGCGAAGAUUGGCCGACUUCACCUAUUGUAGCGGUUUGUGAACAGUUCGACGAGUAGAACGACCCCCCGUUCCUACUUGUACUCUGUGACAGACACGUGUGAAGCUCGCUCGUGGCCAGCCGUGUCGGACCGGUGCGCGCUAGCGUGUAUGCGCGCCAUCUAUAUCUGAGAAAAAAAGAACAAAAAAAUCGUACUAGAAAAAUUAUUAUUGUUUUGUUAACUUUUGUUUACGUGCCGCCUACUAUAUUGCUGACGUACACUUGAAAAGUGAAGAAGCAGCCUUUGAAUAUCAUUACCCAAGCAAAGUGACUUUAGUUGUUGAGCUAUUUAAGUUGUCCGGGUGAGGGACGAAAAGAAAAACACAACAGAACAAAACCGUGAACCGUGUAUUUUCCUUUCUGAAAGAAGACAUUUCGGAGGAAGAGAGACUCUUGGUAACUAACAGUGUGUUUGUGUUUGUGACCGGAUUGAGUGAAGAAAGGAAGAGACAGAAGAAAACAAAAGCUACGGACAUCCGAGGGGUAGCGAAACCUAACCUGGUACGAGCUUAAUAGUGGACGUAAUCUUCAUUUCUGCACUUCACUAGUAGGGGAUAUAAAAAAGGUUAAGAGUCCGUGCGUGUAUGCUGGAUUUUCUGCGAUACAAAUCCUACCGUUAUACCAUCAUCCGAUACAUACCAACUAUAAAUAUACACACACAACAGAAGACAAAGAACGGAAAGCUAAUACUCGUGUAUUCUAUUUGGUGUUGCCGAACCAACCAAGGUUUCACUGGGAACAAGCUAGCAUCGUGUGACAAUAUUCUCUUCGAGCCAUUCCGGACGGUAACAGAGCAGCGAGACCACCAUUCAUUAUCCACGAGGAAGAAAACAGUGUAAGCAUUAUAGUUUUACUAUUUUGAUUUUUAACUAGAUCUAAUUAAAUACCCAAUUUAAUUAAUCUAAGAAAGUUAAAAGAAAAACUCCACAAACAAAAAAACGUGAACAAAAUUUUUGCAAAAUUCCAACAAAAAAGAAUAAAAGUAGAAAAAGCAUAAAAUAAAAUCAAAAAAAGUACAAAAUAAUACAAAACGUAAAAAAAUCUAGAACAUAGGUGUUUAACGCAUUGGGCGAAGGCAGUUGUAAAGUUAGUAGACGUGCAGCAGUGGUGCAAAGGGAUCGAAGAAGAUAAGGAACGAGAAUUUUCGACAGAUUCGAAGCAGAGUACACUUUGGGUAUACAAAACAAAAGGAAAAAUCUCACAGAAAUUUAUCAAUCGAAGAAAUUUAAUCGAGGAAACAACUGAGAGGGAAAUAUUGUGCGAACAGAUACUACAAAAGAAGAAACCUCGAAGAGCCAGUACUGAUUGUGUUAUUAGGUAUUUUACAGCAAACCAGAAAACAACCUUUAUAACCGCAAGCUUGUGUGAUUUUGAAGUAGAAUUUUCUCCCUUUCAGUUCUCCUUGAAAUCACCCAGCACCAGAUUCUUAGAAACAAACAAAGAAAAACACACAUCUUACAGAUAUCAACAAUACUCCUGGUGAUAAUACCGGCGUUGGAACGUACAGCAAAACCAUCUUGUAAUCAAUAUAGUGGUAAAAAACAUUAAAAUUACACCAAAAUAGUGAAACAAAAAUAUAAAUUCAAUUCUGUGUGUAUUAGUGAAUUUUGCUUCUGACGGAAAAAAACUGAAUCAAAAAGCAUAACAAAACAAAACAAAAAACAAUAGCAGAAAACAUUCAGUAUACUACAUUUUGUGUUUUUCGACAUUGUCGUAAUAUAGUAGUUGUAAUACAGAAUCAUUCAGAGAAGUUCAAGAAGAAAUUAGAAACAGAAAAACCGGGAAAUCUCUUUUUCUGCGUCGAAUUUGAUGCAAAUGCUUAUCUCAACCUCUCUCUCACUCGUUGAGACCUUAGAACAAGAAGCAGGAAGGUGUGAGAGAGUAAAAUUACUGAACAAACCCCCAAUUAUGGGCAUCCUACUGGUCGUAGUUCUGAUGGUGGCGUCACCGUCUUGCAGUGGACCCUCGGAAUACGAUGCAAAAGGGAAAAAGAAACGUACAUCGUGAUGAUGGUGGGGAUGAGACGGUUUAGUUCCUUCAAUAAUCGAGCUUACGUUCGAAGUAUCCAUCAGCAUAAUCGUCCGGAAGCGAAACCCGAAAUUUUUCUACAUUUAUACCACUGUUGUUCUAUGAUCUCGAAUACUUCCGGCUCGUACGUAAGUUCUACUGAGUUCUCGAUAAACCCCCAAGGAAUAACCGUUUCAUCCCCGAAGUUGGAACGAAAAAAACGCAUCCAAAACAAGAGCGUGUUAAAUAUAUAACGAAACAAAUCUUGUCUCUGAAAGUAUAAAUCAUUGUAGGAGAAGGGAGCAAAAAAUAAAUGAGUAAACACUCAAAGCUAUAGUAUUUUAAAUCUUAAAUAUUAAUUUAUAAAGCAAAGUUAUUGUGAUUCGAUUUAUUUAAAAAAUAAACACGUUUCAUAGAGGAAGAAGAUUGUGCAAGAGGAAACAAUGAAAAUGUCAGAAAGGUUAAUUCUGUGUAAUUGAAUCCGUUAUUUUUUCAUAGACAACAAACAAACUAAAGGCAUACGCUAUAUAUAUAUAUAUAUAUAUAUAUAUAUUUGUACCUUCUAUUUUCCUUAUAUAUUUUUUGUAAAUUAUAUUUCCUGUUUUUAAACAAAUUAUUUAUUAAAAGAAAAAGAAAGUGAUGCAAAGCAGAGAGCCAAGCGUAUAAGUGUGAAUCAAAGUUAAUUAGAGCAUUUUCUCUCUUGACAUGCGGAGAGACAAAUGUAUGUCGAAAAUGAAAAAGAGAUUUUUAUCCACCUAAUUCCAUCACGUGUGUGAUAGUUUUGUUUACUAUUUACAAGCGUUGCUAAAGAACAGAAGGAAAAAACUCAUCAAGCAUUGAAAACAAAGUACUUCAUAAUUCUCGUUCGUCAUUAUUUGUCAUAGGUUUGUGUAGUGUUGUACUCUUUGAAAGCAAACUCCAUGUGUAAAUGUAGUCGUCCCCUUACCUCCCCUGUUACUUUAUCUUUUUUCCCAUCCCGUGAACGACGCGGACGCAUAUCUCUCCCAGAAAGGUGUCGACCCUCCCGCGAUAGAGAAGGGGCCAAGAACGACCAAUGUUUACUUUUUAUUCUCAACUCUUCUUGACCCCCGGUUGGGUGGUGAAAUACAGGGCGCACCCUUCGCCCGCGGAGAAAGCAUUCGUCUUUUUAUAUACUUCCCAUUACUUAUAUAUAUAAUAUAUUUAUCGGUUAGAUUAGUUCAUAAGCGCCGGAACAGUAAACGAAGAGGAAUACACCUGAAACAUAGAAAAAGAGAAGAUGGAAAAUGAUGUGAAGAUCUAUUUUGAAACGGAAGAUAGCAAGAUGUAAGGUUCAAGAACACACGCAUACACACACAAAGGCACGGAUUUUUAACAAAUGUGAAAUCAUGAUGAAAUAAGUAUGUAUAAUUUAUAUCUCAUAAGGUAUCUGAUGGAUACAAAAGAAGAAAAAAGAAAAAACGUGGAAAUGCAAUUACAUUCAUUUGGAAAACAAAUGAAGCAAAAAUAAUAAAAAAUCUAUGAUUUAUUUAUACAAAAUA